AUGGGCCAGAAAAUCUCAGGGAGCAUAAAGUCUGUGGAUGUGAGGGAGCCCCCUUAUAGGCCUGUUAAACGAGAGCUGAGAGGCCCGGAUUUUUGCAAGCCGGCGCGACUGGACAUGCUCUUGGACAUGCCCCCUGCCAAGCUGGAGGUCCAGUAUAAACACGCGUGGAACAACGAGGAUCGCUCCCUGAACAUCUUUGUGAAGGAAGACGAUAAACUGACUUUUCACAGGCACCCCGUUGCCCAAAGCACGGAUUGCAUCCGGGGCAAGGUCGGCUACACGAGGGGCCUGCACGUCUGGCAGAUCCACUGGCCCACGAGGCAACGAGGAACUCACGCCGUGGUGGGCGUCUCCACGGCGGAAGCUCCGCUGCACUCGGUGGGGUACACGUCCUUGGUUGGUAGCAACAGUGAGUCGUGGGGCUGGGACCUGGGGCGCAACAAACUCUACCACAACUGUAAAAACCAGCCCGGCGUCACGUACCCUGUCUUUUUGGAACCCGACGAGUCUUUUGUACUCCCAGACUCCUUACUGGUGGUUUUGGAUAUGGACGAAGGGACGCUGAGCUUCAUGGUAGAUGGACAGUAUCUUGGAGUGGCCUUCAGGGGACUAAAAGGGAAAAAACUGUACCCCAUAGUCAGUGCAGUUUGGGGGCACUGUGAAAUUACAAUGAGAUACAUCAACGGUCUUGACCCGGAGCCCCUGCCUUUAAUGGACUUGUGCCGGAGAUCGAUUCGAUUUGCUCUGGGCAGAGAGCGCCUGCAUGACAUCGAAAUUCUACCUUUGCCUCUGUCUCUGAAAAAUUACCUGCAGUACCAAUAG